AUGCCAAGGCGAAUAAAACUUUCGUUGACGAACUCAUCAUGUGAUCACCUCGAAGAUGCCAGUCGAACCAAACAUGCGUAUCAUACUUUUCAAGAGCACAACGGCAAGAAACAAGAAGAAGACAGUUUACUGUGUGAAGAAGAUAAAGGAAGUGGUGACGAUGUUGAGUCAAACGACUCGAUGUCGACCAUUACAGCGACAUGCUGUUGGUCGAAUUAUUUAUCAACAAUCAAAUUUUAUUGUUGUCUGUCUGGUGCUGACGAGGACAGUGAAACUGUAACAGCAUCAGCUGCUUUUACAUCGUCAGCCUCAUCGUCUUCUUCCCUUAAACAGCCUCGAAAUCGUCACCGAUCUGUGCGCAUUGACUCUGACACUCCAUCAAAGCAUACCUCAUCAAUUAGCAAUAUGAAAAAGCUCAUCAAUUAUCAUUCUCGUAUGAAUCAAACCAAACAAUCAUUUAUCACUUCAACAAUGCACAAAAACGCUCUGCAAACUGCCAGUAAACUGCUCGUGCAAAUCUCUGAGAAAAAUCCGUCGAGAUGUGAGUUCAUCAUAAUUUUUCUCGAACUUCCUCAAAUAUUCCCUCUAUGA